AUGUUUGCAGACGACACUAAAGACCCCACGGCCUCCCUUCUCAGGACUCCUGUGACAUCAAGAUCAAGGUCAAGAUCAACGGAAGUAAACAGAGCAACGCUGCGGAGUCUGUCACGCCGCCCACGCCCACACAGUGCCCCCACGCCUCCACGCCCAUCCAGUGCCCCCACGCCUCCACGCCCAUCCAGUGCCCCCACGCCUCCACGCCCAUCCAGUGCCCCCACGCCUCCACGCCCAUCCAGUGCCCCCACGCCUCCACGCCCAUCCAGUGCCCCCACGCCUCCACGCCCAUCCAGUGCCCCCACGCCUCCACGCCCAUCCAGUGCCCCCACGCCUCCACGCCCAUCCAGUGCCCCCAUGCCUCCACGCCCAUCCAGUGCGUAUUACAAGGCACUGCCGGAGGAACAGUGGAAGAAGUACCAGCUGAUGACCGGAGAAAGCAGGGAGAGGCUGGAGUGCCGAGGGGUGCCGCUGCGGUGCCUGGACGAGGUGGCCCGGGAGGAAAAGCACCAGGCCGAGGAGAUGAAGAGGGACAAUGCUGACUUGGUGGACAUGAACCGGAUGGGCAAUGAAAUGUGUGACUUUGAGGCGCCAGACCUGUGUGGGUUCAGCCAGCGCGAGGACGACACGCUGGACUGGACACACGGCUCGGCCAGGGACGGCUCUGGCCUCCUCAACGAUCACACUACCGGGGAUAUUUUUGGCCACUACAUGUACAUGGAUCCUGUACCGCAUGUCGACGGGGCAGUGGCCGGGCUGGUCUCCCCUGACAUGGUUGGAGUGCAGGAAGCGUGUGUUGCCUUCAGCUACUUCACCUCACUCCCUGCUGGGGAGAUUGAGGUCUGGCUCCUGGACAAGGAAAGUCCAGAGCCAACCUUGCUGGACACUUACUCAGCUCCAUUCCAGUCAUGGAUUGGUGCAAGGUUGUCAGUGCUUGCUGUGGGUGUGUGGCAGGUGGAGUUCCGGGCAACUGUGCGGCCCACCAGCGGGAUUGUGGCCAUAGAUGAUGUGAUGGUGAGCCCCAGCGCCUGUCCCUCCCCGGUGACCUGUGAUUUUGAGGCCAACUCUUGCCUCUGGGAGAACAUGAAGACAGCCAAGUGGACAAACGGCCGUGUGACUGAUGACCCAGCCCUGGCCCCCGUCUAUGGCCAUGCCCCGCCGUACAACCACACAACAGGCACUCCUUACGGCCACUACCUGUACUUCUAUGACCAAAGCAGCGACGCAGCAUCGGCAACAAUGCUCUCUGAAGUGUUUGCCACCGAGAAAGACUCCUGCUUCUCUUUCUGGGUCCACAUGUACGGAGAAAAGGUGGGGAGCCUGCAGGUGAAGUCCCAUGAGCCGGAGGCCACCAUGGUCCUCAAGGAGCUGGACAGCUCCCUUGGUCUUCAAUGGUACCAAGAACAAAUUAACCUCAGAGUGUCCCCACAACACUGGCUGAGCCUGGACGUGCAGGGCGUGGAGGGCAGCAGCAACGUGGUGGCCGUGGAUGACCUUGACCUCUCUGCAUGGCCCUGCACCGCCAACAGCAGCAACACCUACUUCCUCUGUAAUUCCGGCCAAAAGAUACCCCAGCAGAAGGUGACCUUAACCCACUCUCUGUCCCCCGGCCUGCUCAAGGAGGAAACCAUGUUUGAUAUUUUUUUCAUCCUUUUUCCAGACCCUGAUCCAGAGGCCAUGCCACAUGAGACUUACCUGAGGGUGGAGACCAAAGACGGGCUGGUCGUCAACAAGCCGCGCAUCAUCACGCGCCAUCAGCAACAGCCAACCUCCCACUCCUGCACGCUGUACAUGGGCUACCUCCUGCAGGCCUCUGGAGCUGAUCCUAGACUUGACGUGUACUAUGACUACGUCUGGUCUCGCACCACAGCAGCACUGGCACAGUACCCCAAUGGCACCGCUCCAGCCAGCGACCACACAUACGGCCUGCCAGAAGGCUACUAUGUGUGGGCUCCAGCAAAGCUGUCAGAGCCACCAAUAUCCACCGCUGCCUUGGUGUCCCCGGCCCUUGGCCCGCCUGGCCUGGCCUGCAUGUUCAGCUUCUGGUACUACUGCAAGGAUCACUACCCCACGCUGACGGUCACGGCCCGGACUGCUGGCGAGGUGAUAGAGGAGCUCAUAGGUGACCAUUAUGAUUGCAGUAGCAACCAGGAGUGGCGGCAAGGCAAUUUGUUCAUUGGAGAGCGGGACACGCGCAUUACUGUUGAGUUCCAGAGCACCAAGUAUUUCUUAACCUGGACCUCAACACAGAAUGAUAUCACCAUUGAUGACACCAGCUUCAGCCUUUGUUCUCCAAAUGAAGAAGCAACUAGUGGAGAUAUCAAAUGCACGUUCUCUGAGCAGUGCCACUUCUCCCAGAGUCACAGGGACAGUGCCGACUUCAUACGGAUAUCAUACAACGAGGAUAGUUACAUGGCACUCUAUGGGGAGGAGAACAAACACGUGGCCAUCCUGGAGACGCUGCCACGAGCCCCGUCCAUCGGCUUCUGCCUCUCCUUCCGGUACAAGCUCCAAGGCUGGUCCAGUCUGGAGGUUAUCCUGAGCAAGGUGGACAAGAACGAGACAGUGUUUGAGCGCCAGAGUGGCUUCCUGGAGUGGCAGACCUACCACCUCAACCUUGACUCCUUUGAGAUUUACCAGGUUUUGUUUGUGGGUGUCACAAACGAAGUUCUCAGUAGAGUGAAUCUUGAUGACCUGGAGCUGGUGGAGGGAGUGUGUCCCCCCGACCUCACCUGCAGCUUUGAUGAUGAGUCACAAAGCUGCAGGUGGGAGGACUACUUCCCUGAGGGUGCCAUGCUGCCCUGGAGUUUCGGCUCUGGCUCAGAGAACAUCUCCUCUGCUCCAGGGGUGGACCACUCAUGGGGCACAGCUUAUGGCCACUACAAGUACUUGGACCUUGCUGGAAACCAAGAUGGGGACAUGGCCUUGAUGAAGAGCCCAGAGGUCUCCACCACCACCGCUGAUGGAGACUGCUUCCAGUUCUGGUUCUACCUCUACUCACGAGUGGAGGGGCAAAAAGUUGGUGAGCUUGGAGUCCAUGUGUUGAGCCUUGAGGAAGUGCUGAGUGAGCGGCUGUGGCAGCACACCUACAACGGCCAGGACGGAUGGCAGUUUGGAGAGACAACUAUCAAGCAUGAGACCAACUUCAGUGUGGUGCUGGAGGGCCUGAGGCUGGGCGGGUCUGAGAGCUACAUGGCCUGGGGUGAUCUGACAGUAAGGCGCGGAGUGUGCGCGGACCCCAGCACCUGUGACUUUGAGGGAGGCCUGUGUGGCUGGACCAGCACCAGUGAGGCGGGAGACAGUGGGUGGCUGUGGCUGGCGGCUGAGGAGGCAAACAAUGGAGUGGAGGUUGACCACACCACUGAAACUGGCUUGGGCCAUUACAUCACCUUUGAGAAAUCUUACUGCACCAGCGCGGAGACGUGUAUCGCGUCACUGAGGAGCACCGACAUCACCCCAGACGAAUCUUAUUACUGCUUUGUAUUUUACCUUAACACUUAA